AUGUUGCAACCGUCAUUGCAUUCCCCCUCGGCUCUGCAGGCAAAAGGAUAUCGUUUGUUGACCAACCAACAAGUGAAAGACUAUGCUGUCCGAGUAAAACAACCUCAAAGCUGCGAACAAGGUGUCCAAUACUCUGGUUACAUCGAUAAUUUAAAAACGGAUGACCAUCUUUUCUUUUGGUUUUUUGAAUCGCGUACCGCUCCGAAAACGGAUCCUGUGGUUUUGUGGCUGAACGGCGGACCCGGAUGUUCAUCAAUGGCCGGUCUUUGGAUGGAAUUAGGUCCCUGCAAGGUCAAUAAGGAUGGUAACAACACCGAAACCAAUCCAUACAGCUGGAAUACGGUAUCCAAUAUGAUCUUUUUGGAUCAGCCUGUGAACGUCGGCUACAGCUACGGCAAAUCCAAAAUUAGAGAUUCUCGAGAAUCAGCGCAUGAUGUUUACGCAUUUUUGCAGUUGUUUUUCUCAGAAUUUAAGGAGUAUGCCGAUAAUCCGUUCCAUAUUGCAGGUGAAUCUUAUGGCGGCCAUUAUCUGCCUGCAUUGGCAGACGAGAUUACCAAAAACAACAAAUUUGCCGAGGAACAAGGUCGUUUGCUUAUUAACUUUGAAUCGAUGCUGAUUGGCAAUGGCUGGACCGAACCACGCACCCAGUUCAAAUACUACGAGGAAUACGGAUGUACUCGGGAUAAUAAGUAUAAGCCUCUGUUCGAUGAAGCCACAUGUCAGAAAAUGAAGGAUACGUACCCGCAUUGCAAGAAGUUGAUGGAUGCUUGUUACAAUUACCCUUCGUCGCUGACGUGCAUUCCUGCCAACUAUUACUGCGAGACCUCGCAAGAAUCGCCUUACUCACCAGACGGCAAGCGAAAUCCUUAUGAUAUUCGUGCGGAAUGCCAUGGAGAUUUAUGUUAUGAUAUCAUGGAUAAAAUUGCUCUGUGGGCCAAUCGCGAAGAUGUGAGAAGUGAACUCGGAGUGGAUCCCCAAGCGGGCAACUUUUCCACCUGCAGUGACCCCGUCGGUUACUAUUUCAGUCAAGCUGGCGAUCCCGCCAUGGACUUUUCGCCCCAAGUCGUGAGAACCCUCAGUGAAGGAGUGCGCGUUCUUCUCUAUGUAGGCGACAUGGAUUGGAUUUGUAACUGGAUGGGUAAUAAGGCAUGGUCACUCAACAUGGAAUGGCCUGGAAAAGAGGGUUACAAUAACGCGAAAGACGAACCGUGGACAAGCUGGGUGACGGCCGAAAAAGCGGGCGAAGUACGCUCACACAAUAAUUUGACUUUUCUACGCAUUUUUGACGCCGGUCAUAUGGUACCCUAUGAUCAGCCUGCCAAUGCGUUAGACUUCUUUAGCCGAUGGCUUACCAACACGGCUCUUAAUAAUUAA